AUGGAGAACUCGAUGAGCGAAGCCAGGCAAAAUGAGAUCCAGGAGGCCCGUGAUUAUCUAAGCUCACUCAUUAACAAAUACCUGCGCGUUACCUCGACAGACGGCCGUAUCUUCUGGGGCCAGUUCAGAUGCAUAGACCCUGAUCGCAACAUUAUCCUUUCGCAAACCUUUGAAUACCGUCAGCCCUCCGUUCAAAAGCGCAUAGAUGCUGUAGAUGCCCAGACUAGCGGAGAAGCGUCGGGAAAAGUGAAGCUCCCGAUGACGUCGCGCUUCAUGGGCCUUGUCGUUGUACCCGGCCGGCACAUCGCCAAAGUUGAGCUCGAGGAGUUUGCCAGCCAGCUCGCAAAACCCUCCGCGGCUGCGGCCGAGGCCCUCAGGAAGCGCGCGGAGAUAGAAAAGGCAAAGAGAUGA